UCGUCAUUUUAAGUACUAAAUAUUAAACUCUUAAAGAGAAAAGGAACUUUAAUGAAUUCAAAGAUUUUACAUUACCUUGGCAGUAAGUAGCUGUUUAUGAGUGUCAAACAUUUGUAAGGAUUUAAUUCUUUGUGCUAUUAAAUCUCUAAAAUUGUAGUAUAGGUAAAGGUGAUAAGUUACAACUUCACAAUGAGUUCUGGGUUUAUAUCGGAAGCUGAGAUUGCAGAGCAACGAAGAAUACGACAAGAAGAAUGGGAGCGUGUACGAUCUGCAGAACAACCAUUAGAGGCUCCAGAAGAAUCUUAUGAUCCAAGAUCUCUGUACGAGCGAUUACAAGAACAGAAAAACAAAAGAGAUGCAGAAUAUGAAGAAGCACACAAGUUGAAAAAUAUGAUAAAAGGUUUAGAUGACGAUGAAGUAGAAUUCUUGGAUUUAGUGGACAGAACUAAAUUAGAAGAAGAACGUAAAAAGAAUCUUGAAGAAGAAAAAGAGAUGCGUGAUUUCAAAGCAGCUGUUGCAUCAUUACAGGAAAGAUCUUUGAAUGAGAAAUUAAAACAAGAAUUGAAGAAUCCACAAAUUGUAAAUAAAAAUGUUUCCUGUGGAAGUAGCCGCACUUCACAAUUAAAAUUACUAGCUGGUGUUGUAGUUAAGCGUCCAGAAAAACAAAAGCAAGAAGUUACAAGAGGUAUUAAAAGAAAAUUAUCUGAUGAAAACAUCAAUGCAUCAAUAAAAGAAGAUAGUGAAAAAAGUGAACAUACGGACAUUAAAAACUUAGAAUGUGAAUCUGGAUACCCAGAUGAUUCUUUGCAAAGCAAAUAUAGUGAUUCAGGGAGCAUGAAAUGUAUUGGAAUUUUGCCUGGGCUUGGCUCUUACGAAGAUUCUAGCGAUAGUGAAUGUAGUUCGGAUACGGAUCAAGAUCCAGAUCCAAAUCAUCCCCGAUUACAGCACUACUAUCAAUCUGUGUAUCCAUGUAGUUUUGAUAUGGUCAGGAAUUUUGUGCAGUUGUUUUAA